GGAAGCCGGAGCUAGCGAGACCCGAGAAGCUGCGGAGUUCGCCAGCGGCUCUGUACACAGUGCGUCCCCACUCUUUCUUCUCCUCCGCCGCCCAUCCCCAAAUCCCGACUCCACUGUCUUCCUCGCGGACGCAAAGCCUAGGGAGGGGGUUAGGAGCAGCCGCGCCCCCCUCCCUGCGGCCGUCGUCCCCUGCUCUUCUCGACUCUGCUCCCCGCCGCGUGCGCCCCGGCGGUGCGCCCCGGUAGGCCCCAGCCAUGUCGAUGCUGCCGUCGUUCGGCUUUACGCAGGAGCAAGUGGCGUGCGUGUGCGAGGUUCUGCAGCAAGGCGGGAACCUGGAGCGCCUGGGGAGGUUCCUGUGGUCGCUGCCCGCCUGCGACCACCUGCACAAGAACGAGAGCGUUCUCAAGGCCAAGGCCGUGGUCGCCUUCCACCGCGGCAACUUCCGCGAGCUCUACAAGAUACUGGAGAGCCACCAGUUCUCGCCUCAUAACCACCCCAAGCUGCAGCAGUUGUGGCUGAAGGCUCACUAUGUGGAGGCCGAGAAGUUACGCGGCCGGCCCCUGGGUGCGGUGGGGAAAUAUCGCGUGCGCCGAAAGUUCCCGCUGCCGCGCACCAUCUGGGAUGGCGAGGAGACCAGCUACUGCUUCAAGGAGAAGUCGCGGGGCGUGCUGCGUGAGUGGUACGCGCACAACCCCUAUCCCUCGCCACGUGAAAAACGGGAGCUGGCCGAGGCUACCGGCCUCACCACCACCCAGGUCAGCAACUGGUUUAAGAACCGGAGGCAAAGAGACCGGGCAGCCGAAGCCAAGGAAAGGGAGAACACUGAAAACAAUAACUCCUCCUCCAACAAGCAGAAUCAACUCUCUCCUCUGGAAGGGGGAAAGCCGCUCAUGUCCAGCUCAGAAGAGGAAUUCUCGCCUCCCCAAAGUCCAGACCAGAACUCGGUCCUUCUGCUGCAGGGCAGUAUGGGCCACUCCAGGAGCUCAAACUAUUCUCUCCCUGGCUUAACAGCCUCACAGCCCGGUCACAGCCUGCAGGCCCACCCGCAUCAACUCCAGGACUCCCUGCUCGGUCCCCUUACCUCCAGUCUGGUGGACUUGGGAUCCUAAAGGGGGAGGGACUGGGGCUUCACAGGGAUGGCUGGAGCAGCAACUGACCGCAGCGACUAGGGACACUUGUACAUAGAAAUCAGGAACAUUUUUUUGCAGCUUGUUUCUGGGGUUCUUUGCGCAUAAAGGAAUGAUGGUGGACUUUCAUGAAUACCUUUUUAAAAAUCAAAAAAUAACAGCGAUCUCAAGCUUAGUUGUCCUCUUCUCUUCGACUCUUCCCACUUUUUCAUUUCCCGUCUCAGUGCAGAGAUCAGGGUUUCCCCAACAAAACAAAACCCAAACAAAACAAAAGCACCCAGUCACCGAGUUCUGGUUCUGGGCAACCAGUGUGCCUGCUUCAGUAGCUUUUCUUUUUAUUUAAAUGGAUGGAAAUUACAAAUCAACUGGAUUUCAAUUCUUUCUUUUUAAUUUAUUUAUGAAGCAAUGUUUUGAGAAGAGGAAAGAGAAGUGGCAAAAAAAAAAAAAAAAAAAAAAAAAGGAGGGGGGGAGGAGUGAGAGAGAGAAGUCAAAAUAGUGAAAAUGACAGCCUCCAGCCUGGGAGGAACUGGUUGCAUUCUUAAGGUGAAUUGGAAAAUGAUGAUCUUAUAACUUUCUGAUGGGGAAAAAUUAAGUUUACAUUUUUCAUAUUUAGUGUUAAACAAUUUAUGUAGAUUAAAAUGCAAAUACAGUAUUGGGGGAAAAAAAAAAACAAGUGCCCAAAUGUCUUAAUGCUCUCUAUUUGCAGCAGUUAGAAAUAGAAGUGACCAUUAGUAAUAUAACUAUUUUUGUCAAAUUUAGUGGGGUU